UUCACUGGAUGCCUUGUCAAACUUUACCGUGGUGAACUUAAUGUCAGUGGCUACUCAGCUUGCCAUUGGUACAUAAAUCCUGAUAUACCAGAAGCAGCACAUCUAUUAAAUAGCACACUGGGACAAUCUUUCAAGAUUAAACGAGAUGGCAUUCCAAUUACUGAGCAAAACCAGCCAGAGCCUAUUGCUGUACCAGAUUUACUAACACUCAGAGAAAUGGAAGAGAUAGAUCCUUAUGAAUUUCCGAAAACUGGAUGCCGCUGCACUGUAACUAUCAUCCGUUUAGCUGAAACACAAACUUGGUGGUACCCAGCAUGCAAUUUCUGUCGCAAAUCAUGUCAACAAGAUGGUUCUUCCUACAUAUGCUUAGAAUGCAAUACCAUUGAUAAAUACUCAUACAAAUACAAACUUCCAUUCAUUGCUUCUGAUGGGACUGAAGAAUCUGAGAUGAUUGCAUUUGCUACUGUUGCUCAUCGUAUUGUUGGUAAACCAGUUGAAGCUGUGAUGAGAUCUUAUAGAAACAGGGACAACAUUCCCGCUGAUAUUGCAGCUAUAGUCUCGUCCAAAUUCACCUUUUCUAAUACCAUGGCCGAAGCUAGCUACCGCAACCCUAAGAAAUCAUACCAGGUCAAUAGUAUAAUUCAUAGCUAUGGCAAGCAACAUGCCCUUCCAUUCCACCCUCCCAAUCAAAGCCAGCUAGUAACCCAAAAUGCCAACUUCUAUGCCCAAUCAAGUGGAAGUGUCCUUCCAUCAAACACACCUAAGAGCAGUUCUGAAUCACCUAUCCUUGACACACCUACUAAGAUGCUACCUCUAGAACAGUUUUCUCUUCAGACCCCAGCUAAAACCUCUGAGCUUCCUCCAAAUGCUUCAGAAGAGAACACCAAUACCCUCUCUACAACACCACCUGCAACAAAAUCAUCCAAGAAAAGACUCCACAUGUCCGAAAAAGAUGAUGAAGUGGAUGAAGAAGAGUCACCAUCUGAGACAGCAACACUUAACAGGGAGAAUGAUGAUGAAAAAAGUUCUGAUCUACAAAGCUCUUCACAUCCAAAAGCAAUGUCGCCACCAGGGAAGCCCAGCACAACCAAGCUUCCAAAAACUCCCAAAAAAUAACAAUGUUAAGACAAGGAAAGACUGAGAAGCUGAUGAGCAAGCAUCUGCAAGUGUUGCGCCAUUGCCUGACCUUUGAUCAACUCGGCAAAAAAGAAUGAUCAGACCAAAAUUAUAUCUACUUCUCCAUUGCACUACUAUAAACUGCACUUUAUGUUAUGUACCUACGUAUUUCUAGAACUUAAGACAUUCUACUCGGUCUGCUUAUACCAGCUGACCGACUACCUAUUAUAUUGAUAACCUUAUUUAAACCAUC